UGAAACACACCCAUGCUACUUUGUUUAGUAGUCGCUCCGGUUUUUGCUCAGCAGAGUAUGUGGUUAGAAACACGUAUACAAACGGAAAUCAAAAUGAGUCUCAGACUUAAACAAAAAAAAAACAAAAAAAACAAACCUUGUGGAGGUUCAAGAGAAUGCUGUAGAGGCAUUCAGAGAGACUCUCCCAAGUGAGUCAGGAAAACCCCAUAAUCACCUUCCCUAUUUGCACAAAGAUAGUUUACCGUAGCUUUUGUAACUUCCUUACACACAGUUAUGUUUGGCAGGUCAGCUCUCUGAAAAGAAACUGCCUGCUGGUCAGUGGCAGUUCUGAAACUGAGCUGGAAUCUCUUCACACUGAAGGUCAAUUUUUAGCUUUUAUUGAAUUAGGAAUUUAUGCAAUACAAAUACAAGAAUCAGACCUGAUGUUUUUCUCUUUACUAACAUUAUUCAUUAAUAGUGUACUCACGUAAAAAGCAUUUCUUUUAUAGAUUUGGCAGGAAGGUUACAUUAAAUAUUUGAUAAUGGUUAUUUGUAAAAUUAUCUGCUGCUACAAUCCCAUACAGGUCUGCUACUUUGUGCUGAGCUGUACUGGGAACUGAUAAGACUUUCGUCUGCAGUGCAUGUUUUGUACUUGUGAUGUACUAAAAAACAAAGCUUUUCAUAGUUCAGAUUAAGCCUUUUAGUCAUGGGCGCAUGGUAGGAAUGGAUAGCUUGAAGUUUAGUACUGUUUCAUUGUGUGCAAAAUAAUUACUCUUUAACUACAUCCACCUCCGAUGUGAGGUAGCUGGAUCUGGAUGUUUUAAAGCAUAAGUUCACUUCUGUUGGGUGAGAAAAUAAGCGUGUUGACCUAACCACUAAUAUUAGGUAGCAUGUGCUGUUUUUUCCCCACACCUUUACAGUGCAGAAAAAAAGUAUUUAAAACAUCAUUAAAAAAGAUCCAAGUUCAAUUGGAAGCAUGAUGCCAUGUAAUACUUAUGGUAGAAGCCUGGAAUAUGCACAGAUAGAAACUGUUGAGAUAGACAGACUGUCUUUGUCAGCUGAAGGUGAUCCAUAUUAAACACUUCUGAAAAGCAGAUGAUUUAACAAUAGCUAUACACAAUUAUAUACAUGCAGAUAACUAUUUUGGCUUUCAAGUUAAGUAUAUACAGAACUGCUUUUCUGGUUAAAAAAAUCUGUUGGAUGAAGGGCCCCAUCAGAAGAGGGAUGGCCAGUAGGGGCAGGGAGGUGACUGUUCCUCUCUACUCUGCCCUCAUGAGGCCCUAACUGAACCAUUGCAUCCUGGUGUGAGGCCACCAAUACAGGGAGGACAUGAAUCUGUUGGGGAGGGUCCAGAGGGCCACAAAGAUGACUAGAGAGCUGGAGCACCUCCUCUAUGAAGGCAGGCUGAGGGAACUGAGCUUGUUCAGCCUGGAGAAGAGAAAGCUGCUAGAAGACCUUUUUGCAGCCUUCCAGUACUUAAAAUGGGUUUAUAAACAGGAGGGGAAUAAGCUUUUUGCUUGGGUAGCAAGUAUUGUAGUAGCAAUAGAACAAGGGGGAAUAGUUUUAAGCUCAAGAAGGGAAGGUUUAGAUUAGAUGUCAGGGUGAACUUCUUCAUAGAAAGACUGGUGAGGUAUGGGAACAAGCUGCCCAGAGAAGCUGUGGAUGCUCCAUCCCUAGAGGUGUUCAAGACCAGGUUGGACGGAGCCCUGUAUAGCCUUGGCUAGUACCAAAUCUGGAAGUCAGAGUUGGUGGAUCUGCCUGUAGCAGGGGGGUUGGACCUCAGAGUUCCUUCCAACCUGAGCCAUUCUAUUUUGUAAAAUUUGGUAUGGACCUCUGUGUGCUAUAUUUAAAAGCAUUUUAGUCUUCUUAAAAACACUUGGAAUAAUAAGACAAAUUCUAGAGAAUUUAAUAAACAUUAUGAUUCCUGAUGUCCCAGGCUUUAUUUGCAAAUUCCAUAUUUCUCCAGCAAAACUUACGCAGCAGCUGUUUUAACGCCUAAGCUAUUUACAUUCCAUUAAGAACAGAAAUAUUCUGUAAGUAAUAAAUUAAAUUAUGCGAGAACAUGAGUAUAAACUUUGGUUUCUGCUUUAAAACUAGGAACUUACAAUAAAAAUCAAAAGACAGAUGAAGAAAUUUUUUUGAAGCAUGACCUGGAUUUUUAUUUCAUAUUGAUCUAUUACUUGAACUUCUGUAUUACCAAUGCCUUUUUUUUUUUUUUUUUUUUUUUUGCUGGUCAGUAGUCUUUCCCAAUCUGUCUUCAUCCGACUGCAUUUUCUUAUGUCAUUGCUCAAGAGCCCUGACCCAACUGUUUUCCAGUAUAAGCAGCAGCCUGCUUCUCUCAUCUCUACAAAGAACUGUGGAUAGUUAAUAGGGAAUAUAUUAAUUGUAUUUAAAGCAAAGGACUAGUUCCCCAUCUGUGACUUUGUGGGAAACUAGAUUUAUACUUAAAAAUAAUGAUUGAUACCAACUAUUUACCUAUUCCUUGAAAGGAAAAUAGUCUAUAGUGUAGCUCUUCCAUGUUACCACCAAAAGGCCCUAGACUUUUAAGGACGUGCCUGUAGUUGGUAACAGAGAAUUUGUAUGCUUUCAUAUCAGCUUAGUUGAACCAUGUGCUAAGCUAAGCGCUCUGUAUUUCUCGAGUAGUGAAUGCAUUAUCAUGACUUUGAAACUCAGUUAAGAUCUGAAAACAAAUCUGGAAGGAUUGGUAAAGAGCACACAUCUCUAAAAGUAUCUGCAGCUGCUCCAGUUAGAGUAAACCUGUCACUCUACUGAAAGUAUAGAAUAACACUACAGAGAUUGGUCUCCUGGAAUUUUAUGAUCUUUCUUUCUGUAGGUACAGGAUGGUUUGGAUGUUAUGUUUUGAAUGCUCUGCUUUAAAUUCUACAUUGACUGUGACUGUUCACAGGAGGUUUUUUGCUAGCUCCAAAUGGGAGUCAAGUAGUGCAACUUAUUCUCCUAACUCUUCAUUGCUGCCUCUGUCAGUAUAUUAGACUGAGGCUAUAAGCAGAAUUGCCUCUUAUGAUGUAGCUGUAAUUACAGAAAGUGGUCUCUCACAUUCAUUGUCAAAGAUGACUUGAUAUAUAAAGUUUCUGUUCUGGUAUAAUAACACUGAAUGGGUUGAUGCCAGAAUCUACUGAUCAGGAAUUUUCUACUUGCCUUUCCUGAGGGUCUGUCUGUCCAUCAUAUUGAUUUUCCUGCAAACUAUACAUACCAUUUCCAGAAUAUCUACAUCAGUGCAUGAUAGAUAUCCAGCACAUCCUCUGCUGCUAAGGGCUCAAAAUGAGAGCUUAAACAGUAACUUCCUUGUAAACUACAGGCUUAGGUCAUUCUGAAUCACCUUCCUACCGAAUUACAUAUACUCUGCAUGAAAUAAUUAAAUUAGUCUGUUUGAUGAUGGAAAGAUCAGGAUCUCUAGAGGAUUAAAUAUGUAGAAGGGAGACAUCCAGAUUGGUGCAGGUGUAGGUAGCAGUGUAAACCUAGCAUUUAGUUGAUGGCUUUCACUUUCUGGCCAAUCAGCCUGGACUCAGGAACAGUAUAUUUUGUGUUACCUGCUAUAAGCAUGAGUGAGAGGUUAUUGCACUGAUAAAGGGAAGAGAAAGCUUUCAGGGGUGUAUAGAAUUCAUGCAUAGAACCAUGACAAGGGGAGAGUAAGAACUAUUGUUGAGUGAGUAGUAGGAAAUAAACCAGGAGGAAGCUGGGCUUUAUUAGUUCUAUUACAGAUCUAAUGUAUUGUUUGGCAGGAAAGGCCUUGGCUUUGAGGUCCUCUUCAUGUGUGUUACCCACCUGUAUAAGGACAUGGAAAUUGUUUCUCAGUGGCUAACAUGAAUUAUAUUGUUUUAUGAAUGGGAUGAGUUUAAUAUUCCUUUUUACUACAUUGUGUAGUCUAAAAAAUGGCUUUUUCCCCCUCUUGUAGUAGAUACCACUUCAUAUGCUGCAGAUCUGUUGUUUUCACCUACCUCUUCCUUUUUGUGUUAUCAUGCAUUGCUUCUGCAUGCUGUUCUUGUUUCAGGUGGUAACUACAUUUGUCUUAGUAGAGGAAAUGAUGCAAAAAGAUUUAGAAGGAAAUUCUUAUCCGAAUAACCAGCUGCUAAAGAUGAUUCUGACCAUGCAUCAGUUUAUCAUCUCUUCUGCAGAUAUGCUCCAGAAACUCAGUGAUCUUUAUCUUAGCGCUUUAGAGAAGAAGUCAUCCGUGCUGUGUGUAAAGAUAUGCUAUUUUGUAAGGUAUUGGAUUACAGAGUUUUGGAUUAUGUUCAAAAUGGACUCUAAACUAUCAACAACCAUGGAGGCAUUUCAAGAACUGGUUAAAGCUAAUGGUGAGGAGUUGCACUGUCGUCUAAUCGACACAACUCAAAUAAAUUCCAGGGACUGGUCUAGAAAGCUGACACAACGUGUAAAGGCUAACAGCAGUAAGAAACGGAAAGUUUCACUCCUUUUUGAUCACCUUGAGCCAGAAGAGCUGUCAGACCAUCUUACCUAUCUUGAAUUUAAGUCCUUCAGAAGAAUAUCAUUCUCGGAUUAUCAGAGCUACAUUGUGAAUAGCUGUGUGAAAGAGAAUCCAACAAUGGAAAGGUCAAUUGCUCUUUGCAAUGGUAUCUCUCAGUGGGUGCAGCUAAUGGUUCUCAGUAGACCAACACCACAGCUUCGAGCUGAAGUAUUUAUCAAAUUCAUUCACGUUGCACAGAAGCUUCACCAGUUGCAGAAUUUCAAUACAUUAAUGGCAGUGAUAGGAGGUCUCUGUCACAGUUCCAUUUCCAGACUCAAGGAAACAAGCUCAUGUGUUCCUCAUGAUGUAAUUAAGGUGUUUAAUGAAAUGACAGAACUGCUUUCAUCUUGCAGAAACUAUGACUGUUAUCGACGUGCUUAUAAUGAGUGCACUAACUUUAAGAUCCCAAUCCUUGGGGUCCACCUGAAAGACUUGAUAUCACUUCAUGAGGCUAUGCCAGACUACUUAGAGGACAAAAAAAUUAACAUAUGCAAACUGUACUCUCUCUAUAACCACAUAAAUGAGCUAAUACAGCUCCAGGAAAUGCCACUUCCCCUGGAGGCUAAUAUGGACCUUGUUCAUUUGCUUACGCUGUCCCUUGAUCUGUACUACACAGAAGAUGAAAUUUAUGAACUUUCAUAUGCACGAGAGCCAAGAAGUCACCGAGCUGCUCCUUUGACACCUUCCAGACCACCAGUAGUGGCAGACUGGGCCUCAGGAGUAGCCCCAAAACCUGAUCCGAAAACAGUCAGCAAACAUGUUCAGAGGAUGGUGGAUUCUGUCUUCAAAAAUUACGACCACGAUCAGGAUGGUUACAUUUCUCAAGAGGAAUUUGAAAAGAUAGCAGCCAGUUUUCCAUUCUCAUUUUGUGUAAUGGCUAAGGACUCGGAAGGUCUGAUUAGCAGGGAUGAAAUAACCGCUUACUUUAUGAGGGCUAGCUCAAUCUAUUCCAAAUUAGGACUUGGCUUUUCUCACAACUUUCAGGAGACCACUUACUUAAGACCUACUUUCUGUGACAACUGUGCUGGAUUUCUAUGGGGAGUAAUUAAACAAGGAUUCAGAUGCAAAGACUGUGGAAUGAAUUGCCACAAGCAAUGCAAAGACCUGAUUGUGAUAGAGUGCAAGAGAAGACACAAAACUUCUGUUGCAGACAGCAGCCCAACAUCUGCUCUUGCUUCAAGCCUCUGCACAGUAGCAGUUAAAGAGCAAUUCCAUGGACAAGAAGAAGGACCAUUCACAUUUCCAAAUGGAGUAGUAGAACACAAUGAAGACAGCAAGGACCGAACUAUUAUGCUCAUGGGCUCCUCAGCUCAGAAAAUCUCAGUAAGAUUGAAACCAGCCGUAGUUCAUAAAGGUAUACAGACAGACUCCACACUGCUGGCUGUUGAUGUAUCACAUAGGUCAAUGGAGAAGAAAGAGAAAAGGAUACUAGAAAAUCCUUAUCUCCAGCCCAUCCCACCAUCCCCACGUCCAAGCCCAUUACUAAGCCGUAAAAAAGCAUAUGUUAAAUGGGAAAACAAGGAAUCCAGUCAGAAAACGAAGGAGGAGCAUCACGAGCACCACAGCUAUAAACCCUCAUACCAGGAACUUGAGCGGGAAAGAAAUAUUCUAAAGGCAGACAAUGAAGGUUUAAAGAUGCAACUGGAGCAGGCACAUAAAACAAUUGAAUCUCUUACGAUUCAGAGAAAAAAUCAUGUUAUUGACAAUCUACAACACAAAGACUGCUCCUAGCAGAUGAGGGGAAGCUUCUUCUGGAAGAAUGUAAGACUGAAGGGAACAAUUGUGAAAAAGCUGCUUUACCAAGUGAACUGGAAAGACACUCCAAAAGAUUUUAAAACAUAAAUACUCUCUUUAUUCUAUACAUUUCCCUACUGAAAACACACUCCCAAGUCUAUAAAUGAAUUCCUUCAAUUUAAGGUAUGUUAGCAUCAUCUGCAUAAUGAACACAGUAUCUUCUGGGAUUGUUUUUGAAAGGAGUGGCACUGCUCCUGAAACUUUUGUACGUGAGGACCAUGUGGAUUCUACAGUGACUUGGCUGCACAUCUCACGCUACAAGUGCUCUAAGUAGCUACUCAUAAGACUGUCACUUCAAAUUUGGCCCAAAUUCAGGUUUGUAGAAACAAACACUCAAUAGAGAUAAGCAUUUAAGUAAAUCUGUAUUCCAUUAAGAGGGAGAGUUCUUUCUCAUUGUGGCUGAAACCAAUUAAAAACAUUACGUAGACAGUCAUCUUUAUUUCUAGAGUUUAGCAUAUUGAAUAUUAAUACAAGUAGUUAAACUGAUCUUUAGACUUUGUUAUGGCAUACUGACAAAAGUUUUAAAACUUCAUUAAGGUAAAACAUGAGACUAGAGAGACUAGAGAGAGUGAAUUCAGCUUCCAUUUCAGUGUUCCAGUUUACAGCUUGGAAUACUACUCAUUGGGCUUAACGGGUAGCUUGCUCUCCCUGUACUGUAGAUAAUGCAGGGAUAACAUUGACUAUUUUUUUUAACAUCAAAGUGCAUACCAGUGUUGUAACUUCUGAGUCGUAUCUUAAGGACCAUAUUAUGAAGGAAACUGCAUAGCAAUCUCAAUGCAGUGGAUAUUGUAUUCCAGUUUCUAACACCUUAUGGUUCUAACCAGGAUUUAUUCAGUUUCCCUCAUAGAUUUCAUACGCACUUUAGGUGAAGAGUCAAGGUGACUGUGCUCUUACGUGUGUAGACUUUGUACAGUGAAAGGUGCUAGGGAAGUAAUGUAGUUUUCUUAGAACUACAAUGUGUACAUACUGUUAGGAGAUGACAAAUCCGUCUUUCAAGUUACUGGUGAAUCUUUUAGUCAUAAGAGCCAAUCUUAAAAUUUGCAUUUCACAAUAAUUCUUAGAAUUGUAUAAAACUCACUUGCUUUUAUAAAAAAUGGAUGGCAUCGAGCAUUUAAACAGCAGAAGCUGAAAUUAACAUAUCUAUUUACAACAUACUUUCGUGCUCCAGCAGGGGGGUUGGACUAGAUGAUCUUUGGAGCUCCCUUCCAAUCCCUGACAUUCUGUACUUCUGUAAUAUACUUAGUGCUCUUCAAAACUUGCAAAUUAGUUUACAAAGUCCAUGACAGAUUAAAUUUUUAGUUGACCCCUUACUACAGCAUGUGUGCUUCGUGUUCAGUGGCUUAGAUGUAUGCUCUGUUUCCAGCUUACAGUCAUUAAUUGUAAAGCAUAUUAAUACUUUAUUUAUUUUUUUAAAAGUCAAUCUGAAACUACUUACAAAUCUACUGGUUCUAAGUUCCUGGUUAGAACUUGAGUUGUGUCUGCAUCCAUGACUAAAUAAAGACAAAUACAGGGAGAGAGUAGUAGUAAUAGUAGUAUUAGACUUUCUGUUAUCUUACUGUAAAUAAAUAUGAUCUGUGAAGAAUUUAAAUGCAUAUGACAAAUCUAGCUGUUGUGAAGAUUGUGAAACUUUUGUUCCUCAUACACUAAACCUGAAUUAUUAACAGUUAACAUGAAAUUGCACUUUUAUCAAUGAAGCAACCAGAAUGGCUCUCAAACCAUAUUUGCACAUUUGCUUUGCCAAUUUUCUGUGAUCUUCUUGAUUUUUGUCCUCUCUGCAGGACUACAGUGAGAAGUAUUUCUAAUACACACUUAGCAGAUAAAAAGUCUAUUUCUACAACAAUUAAAAGGAACAGCAUGAAUGUUGGAAAUGUUUCAAUGUAUUUGGAAAAUACCUUAGAAGAGCAGCAAAAUUUGGCAAAUCUUGUGCAUCUAAGGAAACUCUGCUUGCUUAUGGUUUCAAUUCUAACAGAAUUUCUGUAUGUGUGUGUGUAUGCAUACAUAUAUACACACACACUUUGCCUAUUCUAGGAGGGUGGAAGAGGGAGAAAAUUAACGAAUCAGUAUUUGGAAAGUUCCCUAAUGCCAACACUGACCCAAAGGUUACUGUGUUGGUAACAUUGAGUACUUAAUGCUUAAAAUCAAGUCAAGACUGUAGACUUGUACAGUCUAAAAUUAAAACUUACUUUUCUGUCACCCUGUUCCUAUAAACAGAAUGACUUAGACCCAAUCUGUUUGCAGGAUCAUCUUACAGAACCCAUACAUGAUACUUCACGUAUGCUGAAAACGUACUGCUUCAGAUGAAUUUAUUGAUACCUGAAAAAUUUCAAAGCUCUCCAAUUACCUUCAAGGUGUUUGCCCAAAGCCUCUUGCAGUGUUUUGUUGUUGUUGUUGUUGCUUUGUUUUGGUGGUAAUCCCUUGUUAUUACUUUGCAACUUCCUUUUUGCUGCAUGAAAUAAUAGCGUUAAUAGCAAAUACUGACUAUACAAGGAUACUGAUAAAACUGACAAAGCUACUGAGCAAAAAUCACCCACAUCUCUGUUGAUCUUACUGCUACUUUAUGCUAGGAAAAAUGAUAUAAUGACAGUAUUAAGUGCUGUUUAGAGGACUCAUCAGCAAGCACUGGUAUUGAAUACCAUUUAACUAUUAUCUUGUCACAGUUAACAUAAAUGAAAAGCACUCACCUUUAUUCUUUCUCCAGGCUCAGCUGUGUUUCAUAUACGUACAGAAAGGAAGAAAAAAUGAAAUGUUCAUACCCCAACUACUGUUUAUUUUCUAAGUAUGAAUUCUGAUCCUUAAAAGAUGAAAGUAAGUAGACGGAAUGAUCUAACAAUGAAAAGGCCAGAGCUAAUGUUAAUACUGAAGACCACUGCCUUUAAAAUAGCUUACUUAAACUUUUGAAAAUACAAAACAAUAUUACCUUUUGGAAUUCUUUGUUACAGUAGCAAUCUGUUAUCCUGUGGGAACUGAUCUCUACUCCAUUUUUGUUUCAGUGCUACUAAUGAAGAUUGAAAAAGUGUACAGACUGUAAACAUUUAUAUAAAGUGUAAGAAAUCAGUUUAAUAUUUAUAAUAGAAAAAAAAAUGUUAAAAUUGUACUUUGUCUCUGAGUUUGUAUCUAAAAGAAAGAAACCUUAACAACAUAUA